UAGCGGAGACCGUUUGCGUGAGCAGUGUUGAAACGGUAUACCAUGGAAGAAGAAAAACUGGUCGUUCAUUCAGAAUGUAAAAUGACAGAUGUCAAACCUGAUCAGUGCAUCAGUGACGACUUUCCCCAUCUCUCUGAUGAGAAAUUUGAUUUUGACCUUUCGCUGUCUCCUUCAAGUGAAAAUGAUGACGAAGUGUUUGUUGGACCCAUGGGCCAUAAAGAGAAAUGCAUUGCGGUGGCUGUGGAGGCCUGUGAAGGGGCAGAGAGGAACAUCUCGCCGCAGGCUGCAGAUGACCUGAUGUGGAGCCCACUUACUGGAGAGAAGUUUGUGGAGAUUUUUAAAGAAGCUCACAUGGUGGCUCUUCAGCUCCAAAGUGCCAGCAAAACGAAAAGACCUCGUGCUGGCCAGGUGGAAGAACAGAGAACAGAGUCUGUGGAAAAAUUUGUGCAAGAAUCCAAGUCGAAAUUGAAAAUCUUUGAGAUGGGCAUCAAGAGCGAGAGAACCCCUAGGGCUGUGAAGAGAGAGACUUACUGUGUUUGCGACAGCCCCGUAUCCCAGCUUCUACCUUCCGUACAGAAGCACCCACUGCAACUGGGCCGAGUAAAAGACAGCAUGAAUUCUCCACUAACUCCUCAGAAUAUAUCUAGCCCUAGAACAGACAAAUUGCCGAAAUCAUUCAGCUCGCCAGUAUUGCAAAUUCGUGGUGACAAAGACAAUAAAAAAGCAAGCAAACUGCAGACAGUAAAAACUUCAUUUGUGCUUGGGAAUAACUUACCAGUGGGCCAGCCAGAACAAGAGAGACCAGAGCACCGUCCCGGCAGGAAACACUUGAAAAGUCGGGGGUCGCUUGAGGACUUGCUCUCCAGCAAAUCAAGUACUGGUUCAGGUGACGCAGACUCUUCAUUGAUGGAAGUCAAGAGCGCUCUUCCUACCCUUGGCAAGCUAAACAUAAAGACAACACAACUGAAGCCACCCAAAGACGUUCAAAUGCGGAGGAGCACGUUAUCUUCCUCGUCGUCCUCACUUUCUAGUAUGAACUCAAGCUUCAAUUCAAGCCUCUCCAUUUCCCCUAAAAGAGGAACAGUUAAGACCAAUAUUGUUGCAAAAGCUUCUACGCGCAGCUCUUGGGUCUCCUCCAGUACAGCCAAAGUAGCUAUGGUUAGACCUAUAAGGGUGUCAUCAUCUGUGCAGGCUUCCCGUUCUGGUGAAUCUGGGAAGCAAGAGAGAUCCACCUGCGCCACAAAAGGACACCCUUCUGUGAAUAUGCCCCAAUACAAAGCUGCUUUCGAAUCCAAGACUUCAGGCAGUGGGAUGCGUGGAAUGGGUUCGGAUCCUAGACUGCAAAAAUCACAGAAAAGCAUACUGCAAAACAGAAGAGGUGGUUCCUGUUCCGAAACUAAAAUGGUACCCUCCACAAAGGAAGGUACGUCUUCAGGAAAUGGAAUGGCGCGAGUAUUGCAACCCAUUGCGGUAGUAUCGUGUGGCAAUGUUGGAAGUAAUGUAACCAGCUUGCCUGUCAAACAGCCAGAAGAACAAACUGUGUUACAUUCCUGUUCUUCCAUAAAGUCUACCCUGACUCCAGCUAGUCUAAGGCGUUCUGGACUGCCUGCACCCGUUAGUCGCGUGUCGGGAAUUCCCGCAAGGACACCCAAGACGGUCCCUAGGCCAGUGUCUUCACCCAACUUUCUACCUGUUCGUCAAGUCUCUAGUGCGCUCUCCAAAACAACUUCAGCUGUUUGUUCCAAAAGAGCAAAGGAAAGCAACAUGCAGACACCCCAUAGCUCAUCAGUUUCUUCUACGGAAGAAGACGUGUUUUCCUCUCAAGCCGUGUCUGUUGCACUUGAUUUUUCCCCCGAGAAGGACCCUUCGCCGAAACAAGACUUUAUGGAAAAUCAAAAAACAGCUGAUGAAACGCAAGCUAAGGAGGGUUUAUUGAUAGAUAUUGGGCGAGAGAAAACACCAGUUACCCUCCAGAAAUGUGAAAAUAAGCCUCUUAUUGAUUUCUUCAACUCCCCUGAAAUGAUUAAAGUCCUUCCAUUGAAGCCAAAGGAACAGCUAGUAAAUCUGGGAUCUCCACUUAUUUACCUCAGUCCAGAAGGAAAUAAAGAGAAUCUGGAUUCACCUCUAUUGAAGUUCUGAUCUCCUACACUUAAAAAGUCAUCACUAAACUUGGGAGUUUUGUGUGUACGUGUUUAGCAGUGGAUAUAUAUUUCACUGAGGUAGUAGAUAUACUGUAUUUAAAUUCUGGGAUAACUGCAUGAGGUUUAAACUCUGAAUACUUGAUGAGUAAGAUUGUGACUGGUUGCUGCUAGGAGAAAUAGGGUUUAAAUGCUAAUUUAAUUUUUAUCUAGAGAUGUUUAAAAUAUGCUAUUGAUAGAUAUGAAUUGUAAAACUAAGCAAAAUGUUUUACAACGUAGUAAUAUAUCAUGGGGAUAAAAUAAAGAAAUGAUUUUUGUAACAAUGUUGCAUUUUUAUACUAAAAUCAACAUGUUGCUGCAGUAAUCUCAGUGCUGGCCUUGAGUUUGUACUUGAGCUCUUUUGCUAGGCUUUCACAUGUCUAUUAAAGAUUUUAAAACUA